CUCAAAUGGCACUUAAACCACAAGUCCAAGAUUUAAGCGUUUUCUAAUUUUCUUUAAGAAAUAUAUUGUGACCUAGUUUUGAAUUUUGAAUGCAUAUCUACUCCCGUUCCAGUACCAAAUUUUAUUCAAUUGAACGCGCCACUUUUACUUCUCGGCUGAGAAGUACUACGUAAUAUUGUCCAUGGAAGUCUCGCGGCAAAUUUCCCUCUUCCGCUCCCAAAUCCAAAACCGAAGAUUCGAUGACGCAACUCUCCGAAUUCUCGAGUCCAUUUUAGUCUCCGGCGACGCAAAAUCGCUGAAUCAGAUCGCCUCCGCUUUGAAGGAUUUCAUGCGACGCGAAUCUCUCUGUAUCCUCCGUGAAACUAGCGCUCUCAGAUCUGUUGACGAUCAUCUUCUGAUUGUGGAAUUUCUCGUCCGCGUCUUCGCUCUUAUUGGCGAUGAUGAGAGUUGUUUGGCGUUGAGAAUGGUUUUUGUUCUAUUGCUAGAAUGGCAUGUGAGAAGGCAUUAUCAUGCUUUGAUGCAGAUAGCAAUACAGUUGAUGGUCAGACUGGUGACCUCUCCAAAAAUGUGCAUUUGAUUGAAAAAAUCAAGAAUCUCAAAGAUGCUGCUUCUAUCACUGCUUCUUCACAUUCUGUUCAAGCACAGGCAGCAAAAUACCUAAAGAAGAAACCGGUUGCGAGAAAUACAUAUCAACCUUUUCCCGUUAUCGAAGCUAAUAAAGGUUAUGGAAGUGUUUUGUUCCGGGAAGGGAUUAAAAGACGUCACUUACGACAGUUGCAGGUUGCCAGAAGCAGGCUGACUCCUUCCUAAAUGGGCUGAAAAUUUUCCAGGGCGAGCCACAUCUUUGAAAGGUCCCAUCAUCAGAAUUGAUCGAAUAAUCCCUUGAGAGAAAGUAAAUUAAGCUACAGAUAAAAAAUUUAUACUUAGUCU